AUGGGGUACGGGCUUCCCUUGGGGGUGGAUGCCAGGCAGGCUGGGAUUGGAGCUUUGGUAACGGUCGCCACUCUGAAGACCUCAGAGGGCAGCGGGAAGACGCAGACUCAGUGCCUCUUCCUGCGGACCGAGAAGGGGAGCUGUUUGUACUCGACCGCUAAACCCGGUCCUGGGAGGACAAGCGACGCAGCCUCCAGCGGGGUCGGAGGAUGGCUGAGAGGGAAGACAGGAGUCGGAGGCAGAGACGCUCCACCCGGGAGGAGGGACAACGGGUCAAAUCUGCCGGCACAGGCCGGAGCCAACCGGGUUCGAGUGCGAUCAGGCCGGAGAUGGAGGAAGUCCGGUAACGCAGCCGGACGUGAGAAAACAGGCGUGAGCAUAGAGAGGCAGCAGAGGAGCAGGGAGGGAGCUGCAGGAGAAAAACAGGAAGAGCGAGACAAAGGAGGCCUGCACAGUGAACAAUCUCCCAGCAUGCAGCAGGGUGGCCGGAGAGCCAGGCAGGAGAAAGAGAAAGAGGGAGUUUGCAGAAGUCCUAGAUGCUGCCACAAUGUUUCUGCUAAAAGUUGUUCUCAGUGUGGAAGGAGAGAGCAGAGAAGGGAGAGCCAGGAUGAAGGCGAGGGAGGUGAGGGUCCGAGGACAGAAGAUGGCAGAGGAAUGAGGAAGGAGAAGCAAGUGGAGUUACAGUCCUCUAAUUCUGUUUUGGCUUCUGCAAACCCUGACCUAGAAUCUAGCUGCCUUCAGCCCCAGUCCCUCAGGGGCUGUGAUGGUGGAGAGAUUAGAGAGGCCGCCAGCGAGGAGCCGAAGACGCAAACCGCUCCCAGGAGUCACGACUGUUCAGAGGAGGAGCAGGAUUCAAACUGUGAGAUUCUGAAAACACGUGACGGAAACAAUCACAUCCUUCACGUCCAGUCCGGACACUUGACCGACAAUUUCAAAUCGAGACACAGCGGAGGCUCUAACGACAGAGAAGCAACUGAAAAUCCAUGUGAAGACAAAGUGGAUAAUGUAAAUGGAUUUCCUGAUUGUGCAGAAGCAGAGAGGGAGAGCGCUGAAAGUGAAGAGGAGCAAAGGACCGUCUGUCUGACUCCUGCUGAAUUCUGUGUUGUCUCCGACUGCUACGAGGACGUCUCUGUCUCCACCCGUCCUGUCUCCCCUGAGUCCUCUACGCCUGCAGGGGGCAGCGUCUGCUCUGCUGACCACCAGGCUGGUUGGGUUGAGAAAGAACAAGAGAAGAGCCGAGCAGAGCUCCUAGAGAGGCAUCAUGAAGGGGAGCUGGAGGAUGAGCCUUAUGAGAAAACCAUGAAACCUCAGCUCUUCUGCAAACAUGAGGACAGAGAGGAGAGAGAAGAUUCAUCUUCACUUCUCCGUCUCAAAGAUCCUUCCAUCCUCGAGAGCGAAAUAGAAAACAGAUGCAACAGCAGGAGAAGAGAGUCUGAGCAGAGAGACGAGCUGGAGUCAGAGGAGAAAAGUGAGGAGGUCAGGGAGAGGGAGCUGGACGGACACACAAGGGAGGAGACAAACAUUAGUGACACGCUGAGGGACAGUUCUAAAGACGUGGAGAAGAACUGUCCAGCAGAAGAUGAGCGGAGGCGACAGGACUCAGGGGACGGAUCCAGGGGACGGAGGGAAAGCGAUGGAGACACCUGCAGCGUCAGACGUCCUGAGGAGAACAGAGGGAGCAGCUCUGACCUCCCUUAUGACGCCUGCUCUGAUCCCUCCACCUCUCCUGCACCGACCCCGGCUAAUCCUGACCCCUCUCCGCCCCCCCUGGGAUCCAUGGCAACCAGCCUGCCCUGUCUGGAGGAGGAGGAGGAGCAGGAGGAGGUGCUCAGAGCGCCGGUUGGAGACGGAGGUCAGGAAGGGAAGAGGAGUUGCGGGAGAGAGCAGGAGGAGGAGAGGGGUUCCACCGUGGCCGCUGCAGACAGGAGGAAGGAGGAGGAGGAAGAUGAGUUUGGAGUGUUCAUACAGGCGGAAGGAGAGCCGGCCUGCGGCGGGGGGGUCACCAUGUCUGCCCCAGUGCCUUGUGGGAGCAGAGCGAGUGUCGCCGGGGACUCGACCCAGUGGACGCAGGGCUGGACAGACAGCUCCUUCCACCAAACAGACGACGCCUGGACGGCCUUUCCCUCGGCAGAUGAAGGUCGAGACGCCGCGGGAACGUGGUGGCCGACCAGCGCUGUGGAGGCGAGGAGAGACAGGCUGUCGGCCAAUCAGAACCUGGCGUCUGUCUUCGCUGAGGCCUUCCCCUCGCCGCCUGGCUCCCCUCAGGGCGACCCCCACCCUGUUCCCACCCUGACGCAGCUCCUCCGGGGCGGAGCCAGCCAGGACCAGGGGCUGUUGGACGGUUUCCACGACUUGAACAAAAUGAUUGGUCAGAGAUACAAGAGAGCCAAUGGCGUGUCCCGUGACCUCCUGCUGACGACCCUCCACCUGGAGCCGCCUCCCAUCGACAGCCGACCUGCUCCCCGGCCAACCAACCGGCGUCUCUCCCCCGGCCUCCCCUCGGCCAAUCAGCACGCCCAGUACGCUGCUGCCAAGCGACGGCUGUCCUACGACUACAACAGAAACAUCACGGAGUAA